UUGGUUUGGUUUCUUGUUAUUUGUUCCUUGAAAUUCUCUCUGGUGGUUUUUCAAUUUUAGUUCCGCAGUGAAUUGUGGUGGUGGUCGUUGUCGUCGGUCGUGUCGGUGGUUCUAUAUUUAGAUAAAAAAAUCAUUUGUUCUUAAUUCCUCGGCCGAAUGAAAUCUUUUGACGGGCCUAUUUUCUCGUUACUUUAAAGUACAACUUAUGCAAUGUUGAAAUUUGAUAGAUUGUUCCAAUAAUCUUCCGCUUUUUGUAAAAGAAAAACAAAUCUCAGAAGAAGAUCGUGCUCCAGGAAAUGCAAUUUUUCAAUUUAACAGAAAGGCACGCGUUACUUUGAACUCCUUUCAUCAUGAUUACACAUUUUGUGAUACUUCUUCUUCUGGUCUACGCACCCGCACAAGCAAAAAUUAUAGAACCCAUAACCGAACUCUACCCGGAUGAUAGCUAUCCCGAGUCGAGCAUCCUCGAAUACAGCAUCGAAAGUGCUACGAAACUUACUAGUGAUCAUCAGGACCGAAUUGGCAAGACUCUCUACAAGACCGAUAGUCGAAAUGACAUAGAAAAAUCCAACAAGAUUGACGCGAAAAACUAUAAUGGACAAAAAUCCCUCUAUCAUCACCAACCGAUUGCAAAGUUCCGUGACAACAUUUUCUCCAAACAAGCCACACACUUCAUAGUCGCAUCGAAACUGGUGCGUCCUGGAAUCAUCUACAAGGUGUCAGUUAGCAUUCUGGAGGCCAAAUAUCCGAUAACAGUUCAUGCAAGUAUAUCACACAACGGUGUGGAAAUAUCUGGCGAUACAAAGGAAGUGAAGAAAGGAAUUCCCGAGACUCUUCUGAUGAGAAUUCCCACAAGUAGUGUGGCUGGCGAUUAUAAAUUGCGAGUCAAGGGUUUCUAUGCAAACAUUCAUCCCUCGGAGAAUCUGGCAUUUCUCAACGAAACCGAUUUGACCUUUUCACAGAGAUCCUUGUCGAUAUUUGUAGAAAUGGACAAACCCUUCUAUAGACAGGGUGAUUCGGUUAGAUUCCGAACUAUACCAAUUAACACAGAACUCAAGGGCUACGACAAGGCAAUCGAUGUGUUCAUGUUGGAUCCGAACAAGUAUGUGAUGCGUAGGUGGCUAUCGAGGCUGUCCUAUUUGGGAAGUGUGAGUUUGGAGUACAAGCUAUCUGAUCAACCUGUUUUUGGGGAAUGGACAAUACGCGUUGUGGCUCAGGGACAGAUCGAAGAGUCAUCGUUCUUCGUCGAGGAGUACUAUCAAACACGGUUCGAGGUGAACGUCACAAUGCCGGAAAGUUUUCUCAUUUCACAACCAUUUAUAGCCGGAAAGGUGAUGGCGAAUUUUACAAGUGGUGCUCCAGUCAAGGGGAAUCUGACUCUCCGGGCGAUUUUAGCUCCUCUUGGUUCGAUUGACUACCAGGCGCUGAAUGAACAGUAUCGUGUUGGGAGAACUGCCAAGAGCAUCCUGAAUGCAUCACUCGAAGAUGUUAAGGAGCACACAUUCAACUUCGACGAACAGUGGCCGUUUUGGCUUACUAAACCUGAUUCCGAAGGGAAUCUACUGCCCUAUCUGAGAUACUUCAACGGAACAUACGAUUUCCAACUGUCCCUGUCUCAAUUGGAACAGAUGUCGACAAAUUUAGCUGAAAUGGAACUCUUAGUCAUAGCAACGGUUGGCGAGAGAUUCUACAACGAAGUUAUCUCGGGUUACUCCUUGACCAGGCUCUAUAGUCCAGCUCUGAAGGCAGCCUUCUUGGGAGGUGAAGUUCAAGUGUUCAAACCUUAUAUAGCCUUCACUGCGCAUGUAGUCGUGGAAAAUCAGGAUGGGUCACCUUUGGGAAGGGAAUUCCUGGAGAACACUGAAAUGAUUGUAACCGGAACUAUUCAGAGUAAAAGUGGAGCACAAGAAUAUCCUCUACAGAAAUUGCAAAUGUCCAAGACAGUUGGUAUUUGGACUUUGAAGAUCGAUUUACUCACUGACAUGGAAUUGGAGAAGGAAUUUCUUUCGGGGGUUCUCACGAUGAAGCUAGAAGCAAGUUAUCGUGAUGUUAAGGCGGAACUUCUUCUGAUAACACAUCAUUCGCCAAGGAAUCAAUUCAUUGGGGUAACAACGAGUACCGAGGAACCAGAAGUUGGCGAGUACAUUAUAUUUCACAUACGAACGAAUUUCUUCCUGAGGUCGUUUAACUAUUUGAUCGUUUCGAAGGGAGUUGUAGUUUUGAGUGAUGAAGAGGCUAUGGAAGAAGGAAGUCACACUAUGGCGGUGACAUUGAGUGCAGAGAUGGCUCCAGUUGCAACUAUUGUUGUUUGGAAGGUUACUCAACAAGGUCAAAUUGUAGUUGAUUCUCUGAGUUUUCCAGUCAAUGGUUUGUCGAGGAAUAAUUUUAGUUUUCACGUCAACAAUCGAAAAUCCCGAACCGGUGAACGCGUCGAAGUUGCUGUAUACGGAGAACCUGGAUCCUUCGUUGGCCUCUCCGCCAUAGACAACACUUUUAAGGGUGAUCUUAGCAAAAUGAGAAUACUUGAGAAGAUGACAACAUUUGAUGGGUUAGGAGGUAGUGGAGUCCAUAGUCACACAUUCCUCGGGCCACAGGACAAAAUGGUUUCAUAUUCAGCAACCUCGUUUGGUAUAGAUGCCAAUAGGACCUUCGAAUUGAAUGACUUGAUUAUUUUCACCGAUGCUGAAGUGCCUCGAAAAUGGGAACCUUCAUGGUCUGGCUAUGAAAACGACAUGAAAUACCAAAUCCUCAAUAAAUCGGAAUUAAUGGAAUAUCGCAAGUAUCGCUUCAAUCGAGUCCAAAGACAUUACGAUAACGUUUGGUUGUGGCGUGAUGUCAACAUUGGGCCACACGGUCGAUUCAUUUUCAACGUGGACGUACCUGAUGGGCCAGCGUACUGGAUGGUCUCGGCUUUUAGUGUCAGUCCAUCGGGAGGAUUUGGAAUUGUGGCUGCUCCAAUUGAGUAUAUAGGCGAACAACCAUUCUACAUCAAUGUGGAGAUGCCGUUGGAAUCGAGACAGGGUGAGCAGAUUGGCAUUCGGGUGACUGUGUUCAAUUACAAAUGCAGUGCCAUUGAGGCCACCGUGGUUCUCCAUGCCUCUCAUGAAUAUCAGUUCGUUCAUGUGGAAGAGGAUGGAGUGGUAGCGGCUUACAAUCCACGUACUUCAUUCGGUGAACAGCAAUUCUUCGUCUACCUCGAUGCACAAUCCUCAAGCACUGUUUAUGUUCCAAUUGUUCCAACAAAACUAGGAGAAAUCGACGUGACAAUUCAUGCUGCAACUCUGCUCGGUACUGAUCAAGUCACGCGGCGUCUUAAAGUCGAACCAGAUGGGCUGCCUCAAUACCGACACCAAUCGAUUCUUCUCGAUCUUAGUAACCGAGCAUACGUCUUCCAGUACAUGCACUUGAACAUCACCGAAACCCCCAUAAUUCCCUAUCAAGUGGACCGAUAUUUUGUGUAUGGAUCGAACUCGGCUAAGAUCUCGGUAGUUGGAGAUGUGGUUGGACCGAUAUUCCCUACAAUGCCCAUAAAUGCCACAUCACUUCUGAAUCUGCCGAUGGAAUGUGCUGAACAGAAUGCUUUUAGCUUCGCUGUGAAUCUCUACACGGUUAUGUACAUGAGGUUGAUAAAUCAACGGAACAAGACAAUCGAGAAGAACGCCUUCCACCAUCUGAAUCAAGCGUAUCAGAGACAACUGAGCUUCAUGCGCGAAGAUGGUUCAUUUUCGCUCUUUCGAUCCGAUUGGAAUAAUUCCGAGUCUUCGGUUUGGCUGACUGCCUAUUGCGUAAGAACUUUUCAGGAGGCAGCAUUUUAUGAAUGGGAAAACUAUAUCUACAUUGAUCCGAUGGUGAUUGAGAAGGGAAUUCGAUGGAUUCUGCAACAUCAAGGGCCUGAAGGUGGAUUUUUCGAAGUGACUUGGCUGCCCGAUCGCAAAAUGAAUCAUUCGAAUAUUGCCAAUCGAAAUAUUUCCCUCACUGCUCACGUUCUGAUUACCCUGGCUACUGUCAAGGAUCUUUCAGGCAGCCUGGGUGCGCGAGUGGUCCUCGCUCAGCAAAGAGCUCUCUACUGGAUCGAGAGGAACAUGCAGCUGCUGGCAGAAACCUCGGAGGCCUAUGAUGUGGCACUGACCGCUUAUGCCUUACAACUCUGCAAAGCACCUACAGCGGAACAUGCUUUUGCAAUAUUGCGGAAACACGCCAAGACUAUUGGAGAAUACAUGUACUGGGGCAGGGAUGAUCUGUCAUCGCCGCCAAGUAAAAUAGAGAACCAGAAGUAUUUCUCCCUGCCUCGACUGCCAUACGAAUUUGAUUCGAUGAACAUCGAAACGACGGCUUAUGCUUUACUGGUUUAUGUCCAGCGGAGAGAAUUCAUGGUGGACCCUAUUGUGAAAUGGUUAAAUGCACAAAGACUGACAGAUGGUGGAUGGGCUUCUACCCAGGACACUGGAGCUGCUUUAAAAGCCCUAAUCGAGUACACUGUAUAUUCUCGUAUUCGAGAUGUUUCUGCUCUAUCCAUAUCACUGGAGGCAACUUCUCUGAAAGACCGAACUAAGUCGUUGUUUAUUGAUGAUAGCAAUUUGGCACAACUGCAGAUUGUUGAUAUUCCAAAUGCAUGGGGAACAGUUAAAGUUCAAGCUAAAGGGACCGGAUACGCUAUUUUACAAAUGCAUGUUCAAUAUAAUGUCGAUAAUGAAAAAUUUCAAACAAAACCACCAGUGCCUGCAUUUAGUUUGCAAACAAAUGCCGUUUUCCAAGGAAGGAAUCAUUCACAUAUUUCAUAUGAGUGUUGUCAAAGCUGGAUACAUAUUAACGAAUCUGAGCGAUCUGGUAUGGCCAUUCUUGAUGUUACAAUUCCCACAGGAUAUUUUAUUCAACAGCAAAAGCUCGACUCCUACGUUUUGGGCAAAAGUGUUCGAAAUUUACGGCGUGCAAAGUAUAUGACAAAAAAGAUUGUUUUCUAUUUUGAUUAUCUUGAUAGCUCGGAAAUAUGCCUUAAUUUCACCGUUGAACGGUGGUUUCCAGUUGCCAAUAUGUCAAGAUAUCUUCCAAUUCGGGUUUACGAUUAUUAUGCACCAGAGCGUUUCAAUGAAACUAUUUUUGACGCCUUGCCUACAUAUCUACUCAACAUUUGCGAGGUUUGUGGAAGUUCUCAGUGUCCUUAUUGCAUUAUAUACAGCAGGUCGUCUUCAAAAUCGACAUUCUCUCUAUCAUUGAUAAUGAUAAGUAUCUCAUUAGUAUACUUUGUAACUAAAAGUUACAAAAUUAAUUUAAAUUAUUUACUUUUUAGAAUUUAGUAAUUUAUGAAAAAUAUUGUUACCAAAGAUUGUUUUUAGAAAAAAAACUUUAUAAAAACGUAAACACUUUUAUUUUAAUUUGAAUUGUAUGUAUGUAAACCGUCCGGCCUUGUCUGCAUUUAUUCGCAGGCAAUUGUAAUUUCGGUACCCUUUCUUUUUACAAACCAAAAACAAAUCAAUGCUCAGUGAAAUAUAAAAUACAAAUUACAAAAAUACUCUAAGUAUACUAAGCUAGUCAAAUGCUAAAGCAAACAACAAAAACAAAAAUCACAAAUUUUCUAUACAAUGAUCAAGUACUUAAAUUAAAACGAACUGAUUUUUUCUUAUUUAUAUUUAUCUAUUUAUUAAAAUUUUCAUUCUAAGAACAAAAAUCAUAUCAAAAUUAUUUAAUAAAUAUAAUCAUCAUUAUUUCAUGAAAAAAUAUUAUCAUUAUAAAUGUAAGACAACAUUUUUCUAAAACGAAGCAUUUUUUGUAUACAAACAAAUAUCCAAAGAAUAUUUUUAUGUUUAUAAAAUAUAUAUUAAAAAAAAAAAAAUAAAUUAAAAUGAAAUGUUUAAAACAUAAUUUUACCAAAACAAAUACAAAUUUUGUAAUGUCCAAAAUAUUUUAAAUAAACUGAACUUCUUGCCUCUGUACCUAUAAAAAUCUGUUCUUCUGUUGAAUGAAUAGAAUUUUUAUAAACAUUUACAUAUGUAGAUCAAUAUUUAAUAAAGAAAGUGUAUAGAGAGGGUUUAUAUCAAUAUAAACCAUUGCCUUAAACAUUGUGGGGAUUGUUUAAAAUACCCCCACACAAUAAUUGUAAAUUCUUUUGUACUUGUUAAAUGAUUGCCUUAGUCUAUGCACUUUCAUUUAAACACAUUUUUUCAAAUAAAAGUACCUUUAGAACCGAAUUAAAACAAAGAUGAAUUCACAAAAUGUAAUCCGUCCUUUUUGUAUUCAAAAAAAUGUAUAUCCAACAAAAAUAAAGUAUACAAAAUUAAAAU